AUGCUAGAACAGUGUGAAUCCAAUCAGCAUGAUGGUAAUUUCAAGGGAUUGGUUCUUCUUGCGAUGUCGAACCUUUUGUAUGAGAGAGGCAAUUUUCUUGAAGCUAUUGAGAACUUGAAUACCAUUAAGGACCUAAAAGUUUCUUCUUUCCCUCUUAGAGUGGCUACUAUGGAAGCUCUUGCAGGACUUUAUUUGGAAUUAGGAGAGGAUGAUACUUCUUCAGUGAUAGCAGAUGUUUGCUUGAAUGAUUUAGAUGCUAAUAAAACGGAACUUGAUGAUGGAUUUGGAUCAUUAAAUGCUCGUGCAAGAGCAUUAAAAGGGCUUACAGAGCUUGUUCAGGGCAACACAGAUUCGUCCCAAUCUUGUUUUACUGGAGCUGAAGAUAACUUGGGAAUUGGGAAUGAUGCUUUGUCAUAUGCUGAGUUCUUGCAUACAACACGGGAUUUUGAAACUGAAAAAAAGUUGUAUGAGAAUGUAAUCAAAGGGAUACCAAAAAAUAAAGAUUAUAGUGAUCCAUAUAACUUGGCUACUGGAAACAUGGUAUGGGAGGACAUUCUUUUGGCAGCAACUUGUGCUUUAGGACAACUUGAGUCACACAUGGGGAACUUUAGUGAUGCUAAAGAGAUACUAACAAGGGCACUUAUAGUGACUGAAGAACGUUUUGGUUCUCAUCAUCCAAAGAUUGGAAUAAUAUUAACUUGCAUAGCUCUCAUGUUUAGGCACAAAGCAACAAUGGAGCAUUCUAGUUCCCUUAUGGUCCAAGCGUUUGACUGGGAAGGAGAUCUGCCCCUAUCAUUUGCACAAAUAGAUCUGGUAAUUUAUGAAAUGCAUGUUCGUGGAUUUACAAGGCAUGAGUCCAGUAAGACAGAGUCUCCUGGUACUUACCUUGGUGUAGUGGACAAACUUGAUCAUUUAAAGCGAGGAUCAGUCACUGGAGAAAUGGUAUCUACUUUCAUCAUAAGCAGAUGCUUAAUUGUUGCAAUCAACAACCCCAAUCAUCACAUACUGAGAAGGGAAUAG